AAAACCCAAAAAACUUCUCUCCCGUGCCCCACCCAAUCUUCAUCUUCCUUCGCAGGUACCGGCGGCGUUCCAUCUUCUUCCUCCACCAAAAGAUCACCCAGAAGAAAGAAAGGAGAAAUUUUGCCUCAACCCCAUCAUUCUUUGGCAUCCGAAGCGAAAACCCACCAUGGAGAUUUGCUCAUCUCUGUCGCUUCCUCUCGCUUCUUCCCCUUCUUCCCUCCCAAGACCGCCUUCAUCCUCGCUCCCACUCUCUUCCUCCUCCUCCGCCUUCCUCAUCAACCCGUCUUCUUCUUCUUCUUCUUCGUCGCCUCUCGCCAGAAGCAUCAAGACCCUCAAUUCGCGUUGCCAUGGCGGCAAUUGGGUAGCUAUCGGUUUGGGCCGGAGGAGAGAUCAGGGGGCGAAGAGGGGCCUGACUUGCAAUGCCCUGUUCGGUCUCGGCGUGCCCGAGCUCGUUGUGAUUGCGGGCGUCGCUGCUCUGGUGUUUGGGCCCAAGAAGUUGCCGGAAGUCGGGAAGAGCAUCGGCAAGACCGUCAAGAGCUUCCAACAGGCGACUAAAGAAUUUGAAUCAGAGCUAAAGAAAGAACCUGAGUCUUUGACAGAACCCCUUGUAGACAAGCCGAAAGCAGUGGCUGAGGAGAAAAAAGUAGAAUCAAGCUCAAAAGAGAGUACAUGAGCAGAUGGAUGAGGAGAAUGUCAUUUGGUUUGGAACUUUUUCUUCGAAAUACUGUAUGGUGCAACAAUGAGUUAUUGAGGAUUCAUGUAGAUUUAGUGUAUGAGAAAUUCACUUGCAUGAGUGAGAUUGUCAUGCUUGCUUAGUACGAGGAACCACUAGUUUAGAUGUUGAACAACUUGUUGAUGUACUUUAUUAAGUUUUAAUUUUUAUC